GUGUGUGUAACAGUCAGUCCAUCCCAUUCUGUCAGGCCAGGCCACCCUUCAUUGGGAACAUACAUCCUUGCCCUGCCUGAGUGAGAACACUACAACAGACCUGGAUCAGCGGUGAUUACAAGCAGGUGCACAGAUGACUGAGGCGGAGGGGGGCUGAGAGGGACCGGGGCAAAGUUUGGACGGUCUGUGCGGUGCAACGAUGAGCAUCAUGUCCUUAAUGAAAAGGGCACCUGUGCCGCCUUCGCUCUGGAGACCAGCAGCCAGCAGCCCUGCUCUGUGGUGGCACCGCCGGGCUCACCCCGCUCUGAUCUGACCGCCUGCUGGGCUCGGAAGUGGAUGGAAAUCUGCGAGGUGUGAAAAAAUGCGGUUGUGGUGGAUUUUACUGUUUGGUUUUUGGAGCGUGUGCGGGGAACUGCCAUUCAUAGCGGAGAACAACGCGGCUAUGUUGGUCAACUGGAAUGCUGUCGAUGGGAACAAAAAGCUGUAUGCCAUCUAUGAUACAAGCGUCAACGAGCCGGGGAACAUGUCUUAUGUCAAAGAGACUGUGGAUAAACUGCUGAAAGGAUACGAUAUUCGUCUCCGGCCAGACUUCGGAGGUCCACCGGUUGCUGUUGGUAUGAGUAUAGACGUGGCGAGUAUAGACAUGGUGUCAGAAGUCAACAUGGACUACACGUUGACGAUGUACUUCCAGCAGUAUUGGAGAGAUAAGAGGCUGGCCUACGCAGGGAUUCCUCUCAACCUGACACUGGACAACAGAGUAGCUGACCAGCUCUGGGUCCCAGACACCUACUUCCUCAAUGACAAGAAGUCCUUUGUACACGGUGUCACUGUUAAGAACCGGAUGAUUCGACUCCACCCGGACGGCACUGUCCUGUACGGCUUAAGAAUCACAACGACAGCAGCCUGCAUGAUGGAUCUGAGGCGAUACCCGCUGGACGAACAGAACUGCACUCUGGAAAUUGAGAGCUAUGGUUACACAACAGAUGAUAUAGAGUUCUACUGGAAGGGAGGAGACACUGCUGUGACCGGAGUCACACGAAUUGAGCUCCCUCAGUUCUCCAUAGUGGACUACAAACUGGUCUCCAGGAACGUGGUCUUUUCCACAGGUGCCUACCCUCGACUGUCUUUGAGCUUCAAGCUGAAGCGAAACAUUGGCUACUUCAUCCUGCAGACGUACAUGCCCUCCAUCCUCAUCACCAUCCUUUCCUGGGUGUCGUUCUGGAUAAAUUAUGACGCCUCAGCUGCCAGAGUUGCAUUAGGGAUCACCACUGUGCUGACCAUGACAACCAUCAACACUCAUUUGAGAGAGACUCUACCCAAGAUCCCCUACGUCAAAGCUAUAGACAUGUACCUGAUGGGCUGCUUCGUGUUCGUCUUCCUGGCUCUGCUGGAAUAUGCCUUCGUCAACUACAUCUUCUUUGGACGAGGUCCUCAGAUGCAGAAGAAACUGGCCGAGAAGGCGCAAAAGGCAAAUAAUGACCGCAAUAAGUUUGACGUUCCCAAGUCCCUUCUGGAAGGAGGCAAUUGCAAGUCCUCGUCUCUUAAACAGUCCAAUCAGGUACAAGGGCGUCGUCACUCACGACGGGUCGACUCCCAGGGGAACAUUUUGCUGACAACCUUGGAGAUGCACAACGAGGUGGGAGGGAACGAGAUCACAACCACCGUCAGCGAGACUCACAACUCCUCUUCCAUGGUGUUCGACAACUCGGGGGUCCAGUACAGGAAGCCGAGUGCACCGCGAGAGUCGGGCCGCCUCAGCUUGGAAAGGAACGCACAUCUUAAGAAAACCCGCCUGCGGAGACGAUCCUCGCAGCUCAAAAUCAAAAUCCCCGACCUCACCGACGUGAACGCCAUUGACAGAUGGUCACGGAUUAUAUUCCCCUUCACCUUCUCCCUCUUCAACCUCAUCUACUGGCUUUAUUACGUCAAUUAACACAUUUGUGUUUUUUUAAACCCAUCUCUGACUCAUUCUGGUUUCUGAAUGAGAGCCUUGUUUGUGACGAACCUGACACUGUAACAUUUUUUUUAAUCAGAGUGACUGCAGACUUUGACACUCAGACGGUGCACAGUCAUAGGGAUUAAUCUACAGAACAUGUGUUUUACAAAGACUCGCAUGUACAGACAGUAACUCUCUGCUCCAACCCCUGUGAACUCCUGAGACAACGAUCUCAUGGGUUGAAACACGCACUCUCUGCAGUGUUAUAUCUCCAGCUGUUUACACUUCUUCACAUCAGCUCUUAGAUCUGUCCCCAGAACUCCAGAAUAUAAUGUGGUCACAUUAUUACAGCUUAGUGCGAAUGACAAGUAUUCAUAGUAUUACUGCAGCUCUAAUCUAGUCCAUCAACGUGCACGGGAACAUACAUGGACAAACACAAUGUGUACAUCUAUGCUAAAAUCUGACUUAAUGAUCUGGAAAUGAUUUAUAAUGACUGUGUUUACAUGCGCAUUAGUGUCCCUAUUAUGAGGUUUCUCACAGUUUUGAUCAUAUUUAGGAUGUGGCAUUUACAUAAAACAGGGAAAAGUGGUUCUUCAUACCCUGUAUACGUGAUAAAUAAUAUCCUGGUUACUACAUGCUUUUAGCGCAGACACCUGUGAGGUUUACAACACAAACCAUCAGUUUAAUUGACAUUCCUGUUAUUAUUAGCCUAAUCUUAUUAUAUAUUCUAUAAUUAUUUGACUAUGGCGUUUGCCAACACUCAUGCAAACACAGUCUAUGAAGCCAGACUUGAAGGGGUAGUUCUGAUUUCUGGAAAAAACAUGCUUAUUUGCUUUGUUUUGUGAGAAUUAAUUGAGAAGAUCAAUACCCCUCUCAUGUCUGUCUCUUAAAUCUGGAGCUACAGCCAGCAGCUGGUUAGCUUAGCAUAAAGAAACCGCUGAGCAGAUUUUCCAAAAUCUUGAACUUAUCCUUUAAUUUGCCUCGGAGUCGAUGCCACCGGCUGUUUUCUCACUGUGACCUUGCUCCUGUGAUUAACCAAACACUGUGCAACGAUGUCAGAAAGUCUUUCAAAGCCCAGUUUUAAUCAACAAGUGAAUCCAUACCAGCAUUUUAUAAAAUCAUCAUUCGUUGCCUUUACUUAAAGGAAUACUUUGGGAUUUUUUUUCUCAUUAGCUUUCGUUCCAAAAAGAAGAUUGAUACCACUCUCCUUUCUGUACGCUGAAUAUCAAGCUAAAGCUAGCAGCGGAUUAACUUAACACAAUUGGAACCUCUGAUGCUAACUAACACAUUAUAUCAACUAGCACGUGUUGAAUAGAAGAAAAAUUGUGUUUUGAGGUGAUUACAAACUACUUUUUUCUUCUCCUCUGCUACACUGGAGACAAAUAAUAUUGAAUAUAUUCAACAAAAAAGUUGUGGUGCAAUAAUGUUUGAAAACCCCGCAGUGAGCCCUUAUGAUUCAGUUAUGAUGAAACUUUAUUGGUCCUCAUCAGCAUUUACAUUAUUCUGAAAAGCACCACUGUGCAUGAAUUCUUUUAAUUAUAUUUUAAUGCUCAUACUUUGUUGUCAUUUGAGUCAAAUUUAUGUAAGUACAAGAUCCAAGAACUUCGACCAUCACUGAAAUUAAAAACAACAUUAUGCCAAGCCAUGGUUAUUUAUAUAGCACUUUUUAAACAAAUGUUCAGGUAAUCUCUGUUAGAGAAAUGAGAUAGCUACAUAUUUACCGAACAACUUUAUACAUUAAAGACCCUAAAGUAAGAAAGUAUGUAUGUGAAUUUACUGGACCAACCCUAUAAUUAAAAGGUCUUUGUAAACUGUACAGCUGACAUUUCAAUAGCCAGGUUAGAUAUUUCAUAUUUUAAUGCUAAGCUACGCUAACUGUCUGGUAGCUAUAACUUGGUAUCAAAGUGGUUUCAGUCUUUUCAUUUUACUCACAACAACAAUGUACAUGCAUUCAAGUAUUUCCAAAAUAACAUCCUAUUUCUUUGUCAUUUACAGUGACCCAUUUGCUUUUACUUUUUAAAAACAUGCAGCCGACAACAAGCGGACAGAUUAUGUGUCAGUAGAGCUGCAACUAACAAAUUUCGCAAAUAGUUGAUUAUCAAAAUAGCUGCUGCUUAAUUUAAAGGCAACGAAUCGGCUGAUUGAUUAAUCGUUGUGGCUCUAUGUGGCACAUGACAUCAGCGCAAACAUUCCCAGGCUUUUAUUGUAAACUUGUACACUAUCUGUUCAGAUUACACUAUUUCACUGUUGUUGUGCUUUCAUGACUGCCAUCACGAUAUUUUACUGAGUUUGUAAAACACAUAUACAACACAGCAAAACUUUUAAGGCAACUUCCUGUUUCCCUCCAGACUGCAUGUUGUGAGAGGGCCGAGUCGUCGCUGCAUCUCCAGGUUUCUCGCUCCUCUCUGGGGUUUGAUGUACAUACUGUAACUCUGCACACGUUCUCUCAGCUCACGUUUACUACAUGGCUACACGUUGUCAACAGUGUUUUGCUCAGUGAUUUCUGGAACUUGCUGUUUUGUUUUGUUAGUCUUUACACAACAUUAUAAUUUCCUAUUUGUGAAUGAAAAUAUAAAACACAAAGUCA